UGUCAGUUCAUGAAUUCAAUUCAAUGUUUUUCUUCUUUCUUUCAAGAGACUCAUUAUUGCUCGGAGCUGUUUGGCUAUGGCGGAUCAAUGGAAUCACACUGCUCUUCUCGUCAUUGACAUGCAGAAGGAUUUCAUCGAUGAAGGCUCUCCGUUCGCUAUACCAGGAGCCCGCGCCAUACUUCCAAGCGUGUAUCGGGCGGUCGAGAUUGCAAGAAAGCGGGGCGUGUUCGUUAUCUGGGUUGUCCGAGAGCACGAUCCUGAAGGACGAGAUGUGGAACGGUUUCGGCGCCAUUACUAUGGCAAUGGGAAGCUGAAGCCAGCUGCAAAGGGAAGCAGAGGGGCAGAGCUUGUAGAAGGCCUUGAAAUGAAAGAAGGAGAAUAUAAGUUGGUGAAAACAAGGUUUAGUGCCUUUUUUGAUACUAACUUGCAUUCCCUUCUGCAGGGCGUGGGUAUCACUCAUUUGGUUGUUGCUGGUAAGAUACUCCAUUUAUACUCGAUAUCUAAGGAUUCCCGUCGACUUGGGUGAGGAAUCUCCCUUUAA